ACUGUUUCCAAGGAGAGCUCAGUAUAAGGAAGUACAAAAAAUUUUAAAUAACUUGUCAAACAUCCAGACAAUCUCACUUGGUUUUUACCUGCCAAGCUCGUUGGUCAAGCAGUUAUACGUUUUAACUUUAGCCGUUAAAGACCGAAAACUGCAAAAAUGCAGUUAUGUGAUUUUCUUCUGCUGAGUUUGGCUUUGGCUCUUUGUCUUGCAUCACCAACGCUCCCACCAGAUAUAAAUGGAGCUGAGGAAUGGAAGGACAUUCCUGAUAUAAACAAAGGUUUAAAUCUCAGAGAAGGAGACAUCAUGAUGCCUAAUCAAAGGAGCGCCAUUCUUGGGAAUCGGUGGGAUAUUCCCGUCCCAUAUGAGCUGAGUGUGAAUCUAGAUAUGAACUAUAAAGGAGUCAUUUUGAGAGCCUUUGAACAAUUCAGACUGAAAUCAUGCAUUGACUUUAAACCAAGAGCAGCAGAAAUUUUUUACAUCUCUGUGGAGAGUCAUGAAGGGUGUUGGUCAUAUGUUGGGCGCAUAUAUUCUGGAGGUCAGACUCUUUCCAUUGGAGAUGGCUGUGGAAUUAAAGCCAUUGUUGAGCACGAGUUUCUCCACGCACUAGGAUUUUGGCAUGAGCAGUCAAGAUAUGACAGAGAUGAUUAUGUGACCAUCAAAUUUGAAAACAUCAUUAAAGAGGAGGAGAGCAAUUUCGAUAAAUACAGUGAGAAUGAGACCACCACCCAAGGCACCCCAUAUGACUAUUACUCUGUGAUGCAUUAUGAUAAAAAUGCCUUUAGUAACGGUAAUGGAUCCACGAUCAUUACCAAGCUUCCCGAGUUCCAGGAUGUGAUUGGUCAACGCCUGGACAUCAGUGAAUAUGAUGCGAUUGAGCUCAACAAACUCUAUAAAUGCAAUUCCUCCAUCUCUUUUCUUGACCACUGCAGUUUUGAUGAUGAAUCUCUGUGUCAGAUGAGCGUCUGUUCUGCUGCUGAUUAUGGCUGGCAGAGAGUGAAGUCAGUGAGUGGCAUCAAUGUGACUGACCACAGCUACUUGGGCAAAGAACAGAAUGGGACGUCUUUUUUCAUGCACUUCAGCACUGAGGGCAGAAAUGAAGGGGACACAGCCAGAAUGGAGAGCAAGACAAUGACCCCUAAAAGAGAGUGCAAAGUCCAGUGUCUACAGUUCUACUACUAUCACAGUGGUAAUGAGUCUGACCAGCUCAACAUCUGGAUACGAGAGUACCAGAAUGAAGCAGACAACAGAGGAACUCUCAGACUUAUGGAUCAGAUCACAGAACGCCCUGGUAAUCACUGGAAGCUGCAUCAUGUGUCACUGAAUGCAAAUAAAACCUUCCAAGUUGUAUUUGAAGCCCGUAAAGGAGCUGGAAACUCCAGUGGAGGCUUUUCACUGGAUGAUAUCAAUAUUUCAGAGACUGAGUGUCCCCACACAUGGCAGAUAAGGGACUUUUCAAUAAUGGAAUCUUCAACACAUUACAGUCCAUUGUAUUACUCUAGUGAUGGCUAUCGCUUUCAGUUUGCAUUACAAGUGUAUCCGACUUCUCUUGCCAUGUAUGUUAGUCUGGUAUCUGGAGCAUAUGAUGACCAGUUGCAGUGGCCUUGUCCAUGGAGACAAAUAACCUUCCAGAUGCUUGACCAGAAUCCACACAUACAGAAGCGCAUGUCCUCUGAAAAAAGCAUCACCACUGACCCUACUUUGAUUUCUUCCAAUGGCAGAUAUUACUGGGAAAAUCCUCGAAAAAAUGGAACUCGAGUCACCAUUGGCAAUGAGACCGUAUAUGUGGGUCUUUUGUGGGGCUAUAGAUAUUUCAUUAUGAAAGAUGAUCUGACCAGAAGAGAGUUCGUCAAGGGUGGUGACAUCAUAUUCCUCUUCAACAUGGAAGAUAUCUCAGGGCUACUUCAGAAUCACUCUCUACCCUGCUCUAAAGUGACAGUGAAGAAUUUCAACAUUUCUCCUGAUGCGAGUGCCCAGCAGGGACCAUGUGACCCAAGAGCUCUUCCCACACCUCAUCAGACAACUUCUACACCAGAACCUACUAAGGGUGAAUGUCUGGACAUAUUUUGCAAUUCCAGUGCCAAGACCGUUUCUUCUCUAAUCCUCUUGGUGGUUUGCUUCCUUUUGCUGGUGAAUUAAACACGGGAAGACACUUUUAAUCAAUAUCCAGUGUCUGACUAUAGGAGUUUUAAUCAUUGUCAAAGCACUGCAUCUAUCUAUGAUUCCAUUAAAUCCACUGAUCCAUUUUUCCAAGGCAACUGUCCUUUUCAUGAUUGCACAGCCUAUCCCUUUGUAGCCUAUCCAAGCAUCUCAGGUCAAAGGCAGGGAAACACCCUGGAUGGAUGGCCAUUCCAUCACAGGGCUAACGCACACUUAGACGAAUUCCCUCUUUCACCCAUGCCUAUGAAUGUGCAAUUUAAUUAAGCUCUUUACACAGACUAUCUAUAUUCACUUGCCUGUGAUACAGAAAUCAAUCAUGUUAAUCUUAACUGUAAUUCCAAUGAUUACAAGUGUAUAUCUCUUCAAUGUUUGAUUAAAAUUUUGACUUAAAGACUU